CAAGCAGCUGGCUCUAAAGAGGCCCUGCUCAGUGGUCAGUGGUCAGUUAUGAGUGGUGAGUGCCAAAUAUAGCUGCCCAUCAGAUGAACUCUCAGGCAUCCUGAGCCCCAGCCGUGGAGGACAAGUAGCUCUGCCCUUUAUCAAGAGAAGCUGUGACACUGUCUGUCCUGCUGCUGCACCCGCUUUGGCUUAUUCAAUUGCCACCCGGAGCUCUCAACUCAGUCAGGGCCAUCUACUCGGAGCAUGGGGCUUUCAGAUGUCCAGCUCUGGCCAGUGCUACUGUGGGCAUUGGCAUGGUUGCAGAGCACAAGAUCUGCAUGCCCGUCCUGUGGGGGCCCGACCCUGGCACCCCAAGGAGAACGUGCUCUGGUUCUGGAGCUGGCCAAGAAGCAAAUCCUGGAGGGGCUGCACCUGACCAGCCGUCCCAGAGUAACUCGCCCUCUGCCCCAGGCAGCACUAGCCAGAGCUCUCCGGAGACUGCAACCCCGGAGCGUGGCUCCUGGCAACCAAGAGGAAGUCAUCAGCUUUGCCACCAUCGUAGACAAAUCCACUUCAACCUACCGCUGCAUGCUCACCUUCCAGCUGUCCCCGCUUCGGUCCCACCACCUGUAUCACGCCCGCCUCUGGCUGCAUGUGUCCCCGUCCUUCCCUGGCUCGCUCUACCUGAGGAUCUUCCGUUGCGGCACCAGGAACUGCCGGGGAUCCCGCACCUUCCUAGCCGAGCACAGAAUGACUUCCUCGGGCUGGCACGCCCUAACUCUGCCCUCUAGCGGCCUGCGGAGUGAGCAUUCUGGAGUCGUGAAGCUCCAGCUGGACUACAGACGCCCAGACCCUAACAGCACUGUCGUUCCACGGCCACGCAGACUCUUGGACACGGAGGGACAGCUGCGUCCCUUCUUGGAACUUAAGAUCCGAGCUAAUGAACCCGGAGCAGGCCGGGCCAGGAGGAGGACCCCCACCUGUGCGCCUGAGACCCCCUUAUGUUGUAGGCGAGACCACUAUGUAGACUUCCAGGAGCUGGGGUGGCGGGACUGGAUCCUGCAGCCCGAAGGAUACCAUCUGAAUUAUUGCAGCGGGCAGUGCCCGCCACACCUGGCUGGCAGCCCUGGCAUUGCUGCCUCCUUCCAUUCAGCUGUCUUCAGCCUGCUCAAAGCCAACAACCCCUGGCCUGCGGGUUCUUCCUGCUGUGUCCCCACUGCCCGAAGACCUCUCUCACUCCUCUACCUCGACCAUGACGGCAAUGUGGUCAAGACCGAUGUGCCAGACAUGGUAGUCGAGGCCUGUGGCUGCAGCUAGCAAGAGGACCUGGAGGUUCUGAGUGAAGUUCAAGGAUCAAGUUGGAGGUUCCCUGGCAAAAGACUCCUGUGUCUGGAAGCUUGAGAUUUGCCGACCCAUGCAGACAUCCAACAGGCUACCUGGCGGUGUGACUGGGUUUGACCCCCAUGGAAAUCACAUGGGCAUUUUCUUGCCCUAGAUUCCCGUCUAUUUCAGGCUGUUGCAAGUGUGGACAGAUGGGUAAACUGUUUCCUCUCCAGGGGACUGUCUGGCCAGCACCAUUUCCUACAUUGAGCCCUGUUCCACGACAGCAGGGGAUGUCAUGGGAGGGAAAGAUGGAGGCAGGGGAAAAUUACUUAGUCUCUCCCCAGAAAGGAAAUCCCUCUUGUGAUGCAGUAGGAAGCAGAAGGCCCAGCAGGUUGGGAGAGGGCGAAGAAGCAGGCUAAGAACAGGGUCUAUUGCCUGGUUGAAGCCGUGUCAAGAGGAAGAUGAGCAAGGUAGCAGGGGGUGAGUCACGGGAAUUGAAUGUUAGUAAGAAGAGAUGCUGGGCCCAUGAAGUUCCCUAGCUUCCCCUCGAGGACAAGACUCAUAUGGAAGACAUAAUUUAUAUUUUCUUAAUAAA